AAAAAAAAAAAAAAAAAAAAAAAUCAGAGGAAAACAACGUGAUCUACAUUUAACAAAAGAAUGAGUGGCCUGGGAGGUGGGAGGGCAGCUACCUACCUGCUGAAAGUGAACUUUCUGGAUAUCCUUGCAUAUAUAUAAGCUCAGUCCUGCCUUUGAUGUUCAGCAACCGAUCACUGAUCAGAUUACAGGCAUUUCAUCUCCCUGCUCGUCUGCCUUUGAUCUGCAUGGUUAAUUUCAUUUUCCUGGAUUUGAAGUUUCGUCUGGGCUUGUGCUGACACACAUUUUUGGGAGGUGGAAGCAUUUGGCACAGAAGUGCUGCCAAGGAGAGACUAAGCUGCCGAAGGAACCCUACAGGGAUACAUUUGAUAAGAGAAAUGGCUUUCAAAGUACUACAAGAACAAGAGAAGACAUUUUUCACCUUUGUCCUUUUACUAGGCUAUCUGUCAUGUAAAGUGAUUUGUGAAACUGGAGACUGCAGACAACAAGAAUUCAGAGAUGGGUCUGGGAAUUGCAUUCUCUGUAAACCAUGCGGACCAGGCAUGGAGUUGUCUAAGGAAUGUGGCUUCGGCUAUGGGGAGGAUGCACAGUGUGUAACAUGCCGGCCGCAUCGGUUCAAGGAGGACUGGGGCUUCCAGAAGUGCAAGCCGUGCCUGGACUGUGCACUACUGAACCGCUUCCAGAAGGCCAACUGCUCCAUCACCAGUGACGCCGUCUGCGGGGACUGCUUGCCGGGGUUUUACAGGAAGACUAAACUUGUUGGGUUUCAGGACAUGGAGUGUGUGCCCUGUGGAGACCCUCCUCCACCCUACGAACCUCACUGUACCAGCAAGGUCAACCUUGUGAAGAUCGCGUCCACAGCCUCCAGCCCUCGGGACACAGCCCUGGCUGCAGUUAUCUGCAGUGCUCUGGCCACCGUGCUGCUGGCCCUCCUCAUCCUCUGCGUCAUCUACUGUAAGAGACAGUUCAUGGAGAAAAAACCCCGCUGGUCCCUGAGAUCACAGGACAUCCAGUACAGUGGUUCUGAGCUGUCAUGUUUUGACAGACCCCAGCUCAGCGAAUAUGCUCACAGGGCAUGUUGCCAGUGCCACCAGGACUUGGCCCAGGCCUAUGGGCCCAUCCAUCUGAUCCCAUCCUUGUGCUGUGAGGGGACUUGUGGCACCGACCGGACAGCCCUGGGCUGUGGAGUGCAUUCUGCGGCCAUCCUUCAAGAGAGGAAGCCUAAAGGGCAUCAUCUUCCUGCGAAAGAAAUGUGUGUGGACCAUAAAGGGCACCACCCUGUUACACUUAUGGACUGAGCAGUCUGGACCCUGCAAAGGCUUUGGGGGGAAAAAUAAAUCUGAACCAAACUGAUGGCAAUUUAAGCCUUUAGCCUUAGGCCUUUCAACCAGUUGCUUCUGAGCCAGAUCAGCUGUAAAAUGAAAUCUUGAUGAAAAGCAAGAAAAGACUCCAGGCAGACUGGUAAACCUGGGCACCUUCCUUGAAUAAAAAGCUUCUUGGACAUAAGAGUGACUUCAAAAACUGUUGAGUUAAGUUUGUAGUUAUGGACAUAUAACAAGACACAGCGGACAUCUGUGCUUAUUUUCACGGUGAAUAUGAUUUUACAAGCCUAGCAACCCAGAGUGUAAAUUGUCACUGACAUUUUCUUUCCAAAAAUAAUCUGAUACAGCCUGUUAUCCUGCUAAGAAGUCCAAAUCAGAUGCCUGAUGGUUUUUAUAUAAAUGGGUUCGACAAUGAGUAUGUCUGUUGGGGAAGAUCACUUUGUCAUCAUCUAAGGCCAAUAGGCUUGGGUCGUUAGAACUGACUUCAUACUACCUGCCUCAAUCUUGUGUUUAUGAGAUGAGGUCAAGAGACCUAACCAGGAAUUAGCUGUUUUGGAGGAGAACAGCUCUAUUCCAGAACUUAUGCUUCUAACCUUGGCCUCCAGCUCAUGGAUCACUGGUACUGGUAGGAAAAGGCCCUGGAUUACACAAUGUGGUCUGGAAAGGGCAGCCCUUCACCCCGCUUUCAAAACCACUAGCAUAUGUAUCCUAGAAAAUGGAUGCACAGGUUAGCGUAGACAUGUUAAAGUGAGUUGGCAUAGAAGCAUUUGUUACAUCUGCCCCUGGGCCUGAGCACAGGAGAUCCAGGAUUUCUUUUAUAGAAAAGAGGCAUGUAUACACAUAGUGACCUUGCCUACAUAGUUAUACUAAAGGCUUUAGAAAUUUCAGCAUAUCAGGUUCCUCUACUACUGAAGUAGUCUUUGGCAAUAAUACACUUGCUAUUAGAACCAGAAGAAAAAGCACAACUUAUAGGUGCUAUUUAAGUGAACUGGCAAAAUAUAGUUUGACCAGGACAUUAUAGUGUUCCCUCUAAUCUUUUAGGAUUUUUCAACACAUAAUCUAUUGUGGUCAGAUGACGUUGGAUGGAAGUGUCUGAUACUUCAGUAAAAGUAUUCCGCCUUCUGUAUGUUGUACCCGUUUGUCCUAGGGCAAAAAAAAAAAAAAA